AUGGUUUUUGUGAUUCUGCGCUAUUUUCUGCUGCUGCAGGCUGUCUCGAGCACUCAAAUGGGAUCUCUACUAGAUGAGGUUGAUCACUCCUCCGCCAAUCCAGGAACCCUUGUUUCUUCUUCAGAUUCUUCUCCUGACCCUUCAGCCAGAGGCCGCCUGCGUCGCUCAGCUCUGAUGCCUGAUAUCACCCAUCUGGAGCUGCUCGUGGUGGUAGGGCCGGAUGUACAGCAAGUCCACAGGCAGGACACGGAAAGAUAUAUCCUGACGAACCUCAAUAUUGCCUCUGAGCUGCUGCGAGACAUGACCCUGGGUGCCAACAUGAGGGUGCACCUGGUUCGCAUGAUCAUCCUGUCAGAACCAGAGCCAGAUAUCCAAAUGUCCCCCAACAUCACCUCAUCUCUCAGGAGUGUGUGUGACUGGGGCAGACGGAUCAACCCCCUUAAUGACACAGACCCAUUACAUGCUGAUCUCCUAUUGUAUAUUACGAGGUACGAUCUGGAGUUGCCCGAUGGGAACAAGCAGGUCAGGGGGGUAGCGCAGCUUGGUGGGGUUUGCUCCAGUGACUGGAGCUGUGUAAUCACAGAGGACACAGGCUUUGAUCUCGGGAUCACUAUCGCUCAUGAACUUGGUCACAGCUUUGGAAUCAACCACGACGGCGUUGGAAACACCUGCAGCAGGAGUGGCUUCAUGAUGGCUUCUGAUGGCGGUUACAACAGUGUGGAUUUAACCUGGUCCCCUUGCAGCCGACAGCAGCUUUUCACAUUCUUCAGUGAAGGAAAAGCAGAAUGUGCAAAAGAUUUCCCUCCCCUGGGAGGCUCCCUUCAAGACUGGAAGCCUGGCCUGUACUAUGGUGUUGAUGACCAGUGUCGAAUAGCUUUUGGCAGCACUGCAAGAGCCUGCUCCUUCACUAAUCCUGACCUGCCAACUUGUCGUGUUCUGUCCUGUCACGUCAAUCCUGAAGAUAACAGCUCCUGCAAACGCCUCCUCGUCCCACUGCUGGAUGGGACAGAGUGUGCUCCCAAUCAGUGGUGCCUGAAGGGGCGUUGUGAGUCCCCCGAUGAGCUUGGCAUCUCUGUCGUGGUUCAUGGCUCCUGGUCCAGCUGGUCUGAGUCUUCUUCUUGCUCACGGACAUGUGGUGGGGGGGUCACUCUCCGUACACGGCAAUGCAACAACCCAAGACCUGCUUUUGGAGGGAAUGACUGUCAGGGUCCAGAUAUUGAGGCUGAACUUUGUCACCAGCAGGCUUGUGAGGGAACCCAGCUGAAUUUCAUGGCAGAGCAGUGUUCCCAAACAGAUCUCCACCCCGUUUACCUGCGACCAGACACUGCUUCUUUCUACACCUGGAUCCCCGCGCUCGGCUUUGCAAAAGGAGAUGCACAAUGCAGACACAUGUGUCAAUCAGAGGGAGAAAACUUCAUAGUGAGCCGUGGCUCCCAGUUUGUUGAUGGGACUCGCUGUGAGUCCGACAGCCAACUUCCUUUUGGCGCCACCGCUGCUUGUCUACAAGGCAGAUGUCAGACGUUUGGCUGCGAUGGCGUGCUGUACUCCGGUAAAGUGUACGAUGUAUGUGGAGUGUGUGGCGGAGAUGCAUCCAGCUGCAGUCUGACUUCAGGCACCUACAGUGGCGGUCGCGCCAAAGAGUACACCACCUUUCUCACUCUGCCAGUUAAUGCAACGCAGGUUCAUGUUAUCAACAGGGCUCCACUUUUCACUCAUAUGGCUAUAUUGAUUGGCAGUCAGUAUGUUGUGUCCGGAAGGGGCAGCAUGGCCAUGAACGUGACCCACCCUUCUCUGCUGGAUGAAGACCACGUAAAAUACCGCCUGCACCUGACCCCUGACCUUUUACCUGAGAUGGAGGAACUGAUUGUGCCCGGACCGCUGCAGCAAGCGAUUAACAUACAGGUCUAUCGCAAAUACGGCAAAGAAUAUGGGGAGAAAACAAAUCCAAACAUUAGCUAUGAGUUUUAUGGACCGACCAUCAGCAGCAACUUGACAGAGCUCACACCAAGAGGGAAAUGGGCUGUUUCCACGACACCCUGUUCUGUCUCUUGUGGAUCAGGUGUACAGAAGCAUGUGCAUGUUUGCGUAGAUGAAAAUACCAACAGCCAUUUGCAGGAGCACUUGUGUGAAGCACCUCCUCCAACCAUACCCCUCCACACAACCUGUCAGCUCCCGUCCUGUCCCCCCAGGUGGGAUGCAGGAAAGUUUGGUGCUUGCAGUGCCUCCUGUGGGGGGGGGGUGCGAAUGCGUCCUGUGCGAUGUGUUCAGAAACGUGGAUCUGAUCUGGUACCGGUUCCGGACUCGGAAUGCUCCUCGGAUACAGCUCCACCCACCACUGAGAGGUGUAACCUCCAACACUGCCCUGCCAGAUGGCAUGUGUCAGAGCCGGGGGCCUGUUCGGCAGUGUGUGGGCCAGGAGAAGCAAAGCGUGCUGUGUCCUGUGUCCGGCCGGAAGAUGGUCAGGACGUUGAGGUGGAUGAAGGUUUUUGUUCUACACACAUGAAACCGCCUGAAUCUGUGCCGUGUGUGGUAGACGUCUGUCCCAUCGGCUGGGAAUCGAAGGGGGAGGAGCGGCAUGUUUUAAAGUCUGGUUUGUUGCCACGCUCUAGACAGGCUCCUGUGUAUGUAUGGAGUCCUGUUAUCAGCCAGUGUUCAAAGACCUGCGGCAAUGGAACACUGCAGGUGUGGUUCUCCUGUGUGGAUCAUCAGACCAGACUGGGGGUGGCUGACUUCAACUGUGAUGCUUCUACCAAGCCUGAACCUCAGACCGAGAUAUGCGGCACAUCUCCCUGUCCCCCUGUGUGGCACUCUAAGCAAGGCGUCUGCAGUGUAACGUGUGGAGGAGGGGUAGCCAACAGGGUUCUGUACUGUGCUAGAGAAGCAGAGGGGGAGGAGGAGGUAGUGGAGGAUUCUGAGUGCAGUGACUUUCCCAAACCUACAUCAGUAGUUCCCUGUAACACUCGCAGCUGCCCUGCAAGGUGGAAAGUAUUAGGGACCUCGCCCUGCUCUGUGUCAUGUGACCUGGGUGUUGCUCAGAGGAAUGUGUCUUGUGUCCAAUUCAUCCACGGAAAGGAGAGUGUGGUGCCGGAGGACAGCUGUCACGCAGCCAUCAAACCAGCUGCCACAGUGCCCUGCUUGGUGCAAGUCUGCACCUUCAGGUGGGAGGUGAAGCCCUGGAGCCAGUGUUCAGUGCCGUGUGGAUAUGGCAUCCAGUCCAGAACUGUUUCCUGCAUGGGGCCCUCUACGCCAGAGCCCCUCAGCCCCCUGUUUUGCAUGCACAUGCCUAAACCAAUCACCAUCCAGGGCUGCUACAUGGGCAGCUGCAGCGAUGUGGUGUCUCACACCACCACUGCAAUCAUGCAAGUUAGUCUCACAGAGAGACCGCUCCCAACUCUGAUCCAUCUUCAUCCAGGUCCAACAGAGAGCACCACCAUCCCACCGACCACCCCCACACCUAAAUUCAGUGCAUGUGGACAGCUCCUUUUGGAGGAAUCAGGCACGGUGGAUUUGAAAGAUGCCCGCAGCCGUUGCACCGUAUCCAUAGGCAGACCUCUUGAUGAGGUCAUCCACAUUAAAGUGAUAUCUGGCUCUCUGGACUGCAGAAAAAAGGAGUAUGUGGCCUUUUUUGACCGUCUGGCCUUGGUGAGGAAGUGUGCGCAGAUAGCAGGUAGUGAAGUGACCACCAGAACCAACGUCCUCCUUGUGCGCCAAAAUCUGUUCACAACUGGGAGUGGGGUUGUGUUUACCUACAGUUCACAGAAGAAUGUGAAGAGGAGCCACUAUAAAGAUUGUGACAUUCAGCUGUUUUCCCCCAGCGGUAUCUUUGAGAAUCCGAUAACAUCUCACACUAACCACACCUGCCGAGUGCUCAUCAAUGCUCCUCCUUCAGUGAAGAUCCGAAUCCAGGCGCAGUACAUAGGAUUGGUGUUCAACGCCACAAACUCCCAGUCUACAUACAUAAUGAUCCGGGACAUGGACGUCUUGAAGACCAACGUGUUCAACGGCCAGCAGCUGUUCUCGUGGCACUCCUCUGGAAAUAUGGCGGAGGUUGAAUUUCAUGGCGACUACCUGCAUUCUGAAGGCACUUUCAGAGCUGAAUAUUCAUUUGUGCGUCCUUGAUGCGAGACAUGAACUUUUUAAAUCGGGUUUGGGUUUAUAUAUGUAUCAUUUAUUUACUUUGCAAGACUUACAUUUUAGUAAGAGUAAGUAACUUCUGUUCUGUACUGUAAAAAUACCCCCUUAUCAUUUGAUUUACUUACCAACAAUAUGCAGUUAUUGUUUUGACCUGAAAUAAAUAACAAACAC